AUGUCUUUGCGUGAGUGGGGUAUUGAUGGCAUAUUCACUUUGACAGUGGAUAAUAUUAGCUCAAAUUUAACCACAAUUAAAUUUUUGCAAAGAGUAAUGAAAGAUUGGAAUGAGACGGUUUUAGAAAAUGAGUUCUUGCACACGAGGUGUUGUGUCCAUAUCCUAAAUCUCAAUGUGAGGAAGGGUUUGAAAAAAAUUGAUGCAUCUGUUGCUAAGGUGCGUGAAGCUGUGAGCUACAUGAAGUUCUCGCCCAAUAGAAACCAAACUUUUAGGAGUUUUAUGGAGAGGUUAGAUAUGGAGUCCAAGAAACUUCUUUGUCUAGAUGUACCUACUAGGUGGAACUCGACCUAUCUCAUGUUAAAAACUGCUGAAAAUUUUCAGAAAGUGUUCUUUAGAAUGGACUUUGAAGAUGAUGUUUAUUCGUCGUACUUUAGGACCAAGGAAGAUAGUGGUGGUUUGAGAUCUCCCUAUAUGAGUGAUUUCUAA